ACUCCAGUGCGGCAGGCAGCGACUCGGCUCUCAGACUGAAGCAGACAAAGGCUAGGGGAGAGACGGCGUGCAGCUAUCCUGCAGCAUCGACUCGCACACUCUCAUCCACUCCCCCACACACACUCCCUUCACUCCGCAAGCAGCGACGCAGACUCUCUUGAGCUGGUCACCGCCACCACACAUCUGUCACAACCACUUUCAUAACUUUCAGUCAUCAUGGAGCUAGACUUUGGACAUUUUGAUGAGCGAGACAAGUCAUCCCGUACCCCCCGGAGCGGGCGCUUGAAUGGACUCCCCAGCCCUACCCACAGCGCCCACUGCAGCUUCUACCGCACACGCACUCUGCAGGCGCUGACCAAUGAGAAGAAGGCCAAAAAGGUGCGCUUCUACCGCAACGGAGACCGCUACUUCAAGGGCAUCGUGUACGCUGUGGCCAACGACCGAUUUCGCACCUUUGACGCUCUGCUGGCUGACCUCACACGCUCCCUCUCCGACCACAUCAAUUUGCCGCAGGGUGUCCGCUUCAUCUUCACCAUCGAUGGCUCUCGCAAGAUCUCAACGCUGGACGAGCUCGAGGAGGGGGAAAGCUAUGUUUGUGCAUCAGAGAACAUCUACAAGAAAGUAGACUACACAAAGAACGUCAACCCCAACUGGUCUGUGAAUGUAAAGGCCUCAGCAAGCCAGAAGAACAUGCAAUCCUUGGCUGCCAAGGCUGCCAGCGAGCCCAGAGAGAGCAAGGACUUUGUUCGACCCAAGCUUGUCACGGUGAUGCGCAGUGGUGUGAAGCCACGCAAAGCCGUCCGCGUCCUGCUCAACAAGAAAACGGCGCACUCCUUUGAACAGGUGCUCACGGACAUCACAGAGGCCAUUAAACUUGAAAGUGGUGUGGUCAAGAGGAUCUACACACUCGAUGGCAAGCAGGUUACCUGUCUUCAAGAUUUCUUUGGUGAGGAUGAUGUAUUCAUUGCAUGUGGACCAGAGAAAUUCCGCUAUGCACAGGACGACUUCUCUCUGGAUGAAAAUGAAUGCAGGGUGAUGAAGGGACCCAAAACUCCACGUGGUUCAGCAAAGAGCCCUGGCCCGAUCAGGCGCAUCAAGUCUCCUGCCGAAUCGACCAAUGGGACAGGCUCCAGCAGCCAGCUCUCCACCCCGAUUUCCAAGCAUUCCCCCACCUCCACCCCUACCAGUCCAGGCCUCAACAACAAGCAGAAGGAUCUCUACCUGCCCUUAUCUCUGGAUGAUGAUGAUUCUCUGGGUGAAUCGAUGUAGACUCUCUUCCUGCAGCCAGCCUCCUUUAUUUGGCCUGAAACACAGAAGUUCUAUACCUCUGCUGCUUUCCACCUUCACUCGCAGUGCCAGCUGUUUUAGGAGAACCUCUCUCUGUCUCUUUUUAAGGCCUUAGCCACCAGGGCUAUGACACCAUUUGCUGCUUGAGAAUAAACCACAAACAUUUUUUUUUUGUUGUUGUUGUUGUUGUUGAAAGAAAAAUCACUGUUGACGACCUCCUGAAAAAGUUAAAGUUCACCAAUAUUCACACCAGUUCCUGGCCUCUACUUCUGGAAAGGGAGCACAGUUCACUGCCUUCACAGAUUUUCAUGGUGUGAAAAAAAAAAAAAAAAAAAAAAAAAAAAGCCCACUCCACUUUGGUCUCAAACAUUUUUGGUAAAGGAUACACUCUGACUUUUAUAUUUCAGUCACAAAAUUCCAAGCAGCAAAUGGAUAUUUUUAGGGAUGUUAGUCAAAAUCGACUCCGCUUUUGUAUCACUUACCGUAUUUGUGGUGUUCCUCCAUGUCCUCCUGUCCUUCUGCCCUGUAGUUAAAGGUGUGAAAGGUCAUGUUAAUUGUCAGAGGAAGUCUGUUAAAACAAGUCUUUCUAACCCGCUGUAAAUACUGUGUAUAGCUAUGACAUAACAUCUCGCCCAAUUGUCCAUUGCUGUGCUUCCAUAAUGUCAUGACAACAUCUCUCUUAACAUUUACUCAACAUAAUACAGGGUACAGUUAAAGUAAAGGAAGAACCAAAAUGAAGAACUGUGAGGAUGUGUGGGAUGCAGCUCCUGACUGAAGAGGGCUGUUGGUCAAAAGCCUCCUCACUGAGAAUUCAUGUUCAUGAGAUUAUACGUAUAAAGAAGAAGUUAGAAGUUUAAACCACCCUAACCGCGGAGGCCUUCAUUCACGGUCACCUUGUGUAUUCAGAGAUGUGUAAAGCAAAAGCAUCCCACCGCUCUUUAUAUUGGUGUUUCCUCUAUUUUGUCCCUCCACACAUACACACGGUAUAUGUGUUUUAGAUUUUCACAAAGUGCAGUGCAUGAUGAUGAGUCAUAAAGCAACUCUGGGCAUGUAAAAAGUGAAACUGAAGGACCUAAAGGUGCAUAAAAACAACCAAAGGAAAAACGAAUAGGCUCUUUUCCUAGAGAAAAUAAAAAGCCAACACGCAAGGCAAGGAAUGCAGUCUAAAUAAUUCCCUUUUAGGCCAGUUUAUCACGACUUCCCUUCAACCUAAAUGAAGUGACUUCACCGCAGCUAGUGGUGACAUUUUAUAGUUUGAAAAUAAAUAAAUAAAUAACUAAAUAAAGGUCUCCAAGCCAAAGUAUGUUUUCUUUUUGACUAAGAAUUCUAGGAAAAGGGGGGAGGGGGAUAUGUAAUUUUAAUAGUUUAAUAAAAUUAUUCUGGAGGAAGCACACAUGGAGUUUUAUGCAUGUUACUUUAACGCAUCAAAAAUUAACGCUGAGAUUAAACCAUGCUCACUCGAGGCAAUUAGUUUUACCAGGGCGCUAAACAGUAGUGGGGUUUCUCCUAUUUUGCAUGGCUGACCAUAGUUCUUCAAGUAACGGGGGUGAUGAAAAUGUAACUGUUGUCUAAAUGUGUGGGUUUAAAUUUUUUAUAAAGUCUAUUAAUUUAUAUCAACUCGCGUAGGAUUUCUUUUUCUAGAUUUACUCGCUCACAUGAGCUUGAAACACUUUUUUUACGCGCAAGCUUCUGUGUGCAGCUUUGUAUCUCGAUGUUCCUUUUUCUAUCAUCGCGACUCGCCGCGCGGGUGGGUCAAAAAGAAUCUACUGACAAGAGCUUUCUCAGACUUUUUGCAGGGAAUCAAGGCUGGGAAAUCUCUAAAUUGGACAACACUGAAGCACAAAGCAGGGAGUUACUUAAUCAUCACAGCAACAGACACUUUACUGUGUACUUGCCAGCGUUACAGUGCAUAGCCACGAUAAAAUUCUGGUGACAUGCUACACAUGUGCCAUCCUUUAAAUUCUAAUCUAUGCAUUUGGAUUGAAGAAUAGUUAAAUAAUCUUUCUUUUCUGUAAAAAUGGCAUUUUUAUACCCAAUUGUGUAAUAACAAAUUAACUAAAAUUAAAUUUCCAUUCAGUUAUUUCCAUUGCAGUGAUGUGACAGUUGUUAUGUCUUAGGAGUGAUCAGGUGCUCACCCUUUGGAUAAGCUUUGAGUAGCUGUUUCCAUCAAAGCCGGACCAUCACUUUACUAUCUGGUGUUGUGAGCUCCACCUUUCUCCUGCAGGGGGCACUGUUUCACCAGCUCAGCAGCUUUUAACAUCGUUAAUCCAACAGCAGGGACGCCUCGCUUCACCCACCAUUUUGUACAAAUCCCCCAUUUGUUGUCAUUUUUCUAAAGCAGUCACUUCUGUACAACUCUACAUGCUAAUAAUACUCUUGUUACCUUGAUUUUUUUCUACAUCUUAUUAUUACAGCAUACAAAACAUUUACAGAAAAUGGUUGUCUUGUGUUAUCCAGAUGCCACCAUGUAAGAUGGAUGGUGAUUCCUUAACCUUCAGUGGUGCCUCUUUUUCUUUCUUUGUUUUUUUUUUUAAAACUACUGUCUUUUGAUAACAAAAAAAAAACAUGAAAUGGGACAUUGAAGGCUUGUUCUUUGUUGAGAGUUAUUUGUAAAACAUUUUUAAAAGUCUUGAAUGAGGAGGCCUCCCAGUACGCUUUUCUUUGUAGAGAUACAGGACACUUUAUCGUGGUGUAAAUACGCUCCCUUCCUGUGCUCUUUCAUAUGUAUGCCUUUUUUGAUCGAAUGAAUGACAUUUUUUCUCUUUUUUUUUUUCUGAAAUUUACAGUGUCCUUUUUAGUGGUAUUUUGCAAUGUCACAGUGGCUUGUUUCAGUGCUUCAUUCAAUGUAUUAACUGGUAUCCUUUUGCAAUUAAAACAAUUGUAUUUCGA